AUGAAAACCACAUUCUCACUCUCUCCUUUAUUCCUGUUCCUACUCUUCUCCCUAGUCCAAGGGCUGAAUCCCAAAUGUGACACCCAAGACCAUGGCUCAACCCUGCAAGUUUUCCAUGUGUUCAGCCCUUGUUCCCCAUUCAGGCCAUCAAAGGCACUUUCAUGGGCAGAGAGUGUCCUCCAACUGCAGGCCAAGGACCAGGUCAGGCUGCAGUUCCUGGCUAGCUUGGUGGCUGGGAGGUCAGUUGUGCCCGUUGCCUCAGGCAGACAGAUUAUUCAGAGCCCAACUUACAUUGUGAGAGCCAAAAUAGGCACCCCACCACAAACCUUGCUCAUGGCCAUGGACACCAGCAAUGAUGCUGCUUGGAUUCCUUGCACUGCCUGUGAUGGCUGCACAUCAACCUUGUUUGCUCCUGAAAAGUCCACCACUUUUAAGAAUGUCAACUGUGGUGCUCCUCAAUGCAACCAGGUGCCUAACCCCAGUUGCGGAACCAGCUCGUGCAGCUUCAACUUGACUUAUGGAAGCUCCACCGUCGCUGCUAACGUCGUCCAAGACACCGUUACUCUCGCCACCGACCCUAUUCCUGACUACACCUUUGGUUGUGUUGCGAAAACUAUUGGGCCCAGUACACCCCCACAGGGGCUGUUGGGCUUGGGCCGAGGUCCAUUGUCUUUGCUCUCCCAGACCCAGAACCUCUACCAGUCCACUUUCUCCUACUGCUUGCCCAGCUUCAAAUCACUCAACUUCUCUGGCUCACUCAGACUUGGGCCUGUGGCCCAGCCCAUUAGGAUCAAGUAUACCCCUCUUCUCAAGAAUCCUAGAAGAUCUUCUCUCUAUUAUGUCAACCUGGUUGCAAUUAGGGUUGGCCGGAGAAUUGUCAAUAUUCCUCCGGAGGCCUUGGCGUUCAAUCCGGCCACCGGAGCCGGCACCAUCUUUGAUUCUGGCACGGUAUUCACCAGGCUAGUUGCGCCUGCGUAUGUGGCGGUCCGGGACGAGUUCCGGCGACGAGUCGGGGCAAAGGCAAACCUAACGGUGACAUCUCUUGGAGGCUUUGACACAUGCUACACAGUUCCAAUAGUUGCACCUACCAUAACAUUCAUGUUCUCAGGAAUGAAUGUGACCCUGCCAGAGGACAACAUUCUGAUACACAGUUCCGCAGGAAGCACCACAUGUUUGGCCAUGGCUUCAGCUCCAGAUAACGUGAACUCGGUGCUCAACGUCAUAGCCAACAUGCAGCAACAGAACCACCGUGUGCUCUACGACGUACCCAACUCAAGGCUUGGCGUGGCUCGUGAAGUCUGCACCAAAUAA